GUUGAGUUUCUGUGAAAUUAGAGUUUCACCAGAGUUUGGGUUCCAUCCUACCUAAAAGGCUUUGUUUAUAAAAGAUGAAGAUGAGUUUGAAGCAAAGUCUCCAUCGUGUUUAAAUUGAUGAAAUAAUUCUGAAGAAGAAGAUGAGUAUUGUGCCUAAAGAAACCAUAGAGGUCAUCGCACAGAGCAUUGGGAUUAAUAAUUUGUCUCCAGAUGUCACGCUCGCCCUUGCCCCUGAUGUCGAGUACCGUUUGCGGGAGAUCAUGCAGGAGGCUAUUAAGUGUAUGCGCCACUCAAAGCGGACAAUUUUGACAGCAGAUGAUGUGGAUAGUGCACUAAGCUUACGGAAUGUUGAGCCAAUUUAUGGUUUUGCUUCUGGAGAUCCCUUACGGUUCAAAAGAGCUGUUGGGCAUAAAGAUUUGUUCUAUAUUGAUGACAAGGAUGUGGAGUUUAAAGAUGUAAUUGAAGCACCUCUACCAAAAGCACCACUUGACACUGCAGUUGUUGCUCACUGGCUUGCUAUUGAAGGAGUACAACCAGCUAUUCCAGAAAAUGCUCCAGUUGAAGCACUUGUAGCUCCUCCUGAAAACAAAAAGUCAGAACACAAAGAGGAUGCAUUUCCUUCUGAAAUUAAGUUACCCGUUAAGCAUGUAUUAUCUAGGGAACUUCAGCUUUACUUUGACAAGAUCACUGAGCUUACUGUGAGUAGGUCUGAUUCAGUCCUCUUUAAAGAAGCUUUAGUGAGCUUGGCUACUGAUUCUGGACUUCAUCCUUUAGUUCCUUAUUUCACGUACUUUAUUGCUGAUGAGGUUACUCGAAGUUUGAAUGAUUUCCAACUCUUAUUUGCUUUGAUGCGUGUUGUUCGGAGCCUUCUUCAGAAUCCACACAUACACAUAGAACCUUAUCUACACCAAAUGAUGCCAUCUGUGAUUACCUGCCUCGUGGCCAAAAGGUUGGGGAGCAGGUUUACUGACAACCACUGGGAGCUUAGAAACUUCACCGCAAAACUGGUUGCUUCCAUAUGCAAGAGAUUUGGGCAUGUUUAUCACAAUCUUCAGCCACGUGUUACAAGGACUCUGCUCCAUGCAUUUCUGGACCCAACUAAAGCACUAACUCAACAUUAUGGUGCUAUUCAAGGGCUUGCAGCAUUGGGACCAAGUGUGGUUCGCCUUUUGACACUGCCAAAUCUUGAGCCUUAUCUGCAACUACUAGAGCCGGAAAUGCUACUUGAGAAGCAAAAGAAUGAAAUGAAGAGGCAUGAAGCUUGGCGUGUUUAUGGAGCCCUUUUGUGUGCUGCAGGUCAGUGCAUGUAUGAUCGUCUCAAGUUAUUCCCAGGUUUGCUAACCCCUCGAACAAAUGCUGUCUUCAGGACCAAUUCCAGAGUUGCGACUAAAUUGCCAAAUAAACGCAAGGCAAGCCUGGACCACUUGCAGCAGCCACAGCUGAAGAAAGUCACAACUGAUGGCCCAAUAGGCAUGAUGCCAACGAUCUCCAUGCCUACUGGCAAGCAAGGUGGAGUAGAUGGAUUUCCCCAUGCAUCAGGGGAGUCUGGUGUGGGACCAUCUUCAUCUGGACAAGUCCUCAAUGAGAGCAUCUCCAGCAGUAGUGGCAGAAGAGACAAGGACGAUGGUCAAGCACAGAAGAUGUCAGCUAUCCUUAGUCAAGCUUGGAAGGAGGAUAUGGAUGCUGGUAAUCUCCUGGUUUCACUGUUUGAGUUGUUUGGUGAAAGCAUGCUAUCCUUCACCCCAAUGCCUGAGAUGUCACUUUUCUUGUGAUCACCUGAAUAUGGGUUGUAUAUGUUACAGUUAAGAGAAUUUUAGCGAUU